AUGAAUAAAGAAGAGUCGCUCGUUUUGUCUGAAGUUGUAACAAGAGAUAAAUUGUGGGAAAAUGUGUUAUUGACUCGUUACAUCGACAUCGAGACUUACAAUGCUUUAUCCGUUUGUCACAAUGGAAAUCGAUUAGCAUGUUUGGGUGCUUUCUAUUGUGUUGAGACGCGGACUGCUUGCUGUUUCUUAGAUAAAACAAUGAUCAUGUUUAAACAGAAAGAAAUCUUGAAAGAUUUCAGAAUUAUUAUCAAGAAGAUUUGCUUUUGUGGUCCAAAACAUGCUGAAAAUUUUCCAUUUCAGCCAACUGCGACGAACAGCAAGAAGAUUGUUUCUGAUUUCGACAAUGAAACAAGCAUUCCAAUAUUGUUUACCAAAAUAGAAAUUAGAGUAAAUCUCGUCUGCUGCGGGUGUCGGUCGACUGUGAUUAACUAUUUACUUAACUCAUUACCAAAAGCAUUUCUUUCAUUUGGUCAGGCUUUACUAUUCACAGGGGACUUUACGAGAGAAUGCGAAAGGAGAUUGGAGCAUGACAUGGGAGAUAUUCUCAUCGAUGCUUGCCCAUUAUCUGUAGAGCCCGAAAGCAUUUAUUCGUUUGAAAUGAACAAAGCGGAUGAUGAUGGUAUGUUCUUGUGA